AUGCCGCAACAAGUGGAAAUGAAAAGCAGCAAACGCAACUGCAGCGAAAUCGGCGACAACAACAAAAAGCAGCACAUUUCCAAUCAGAACGAGGCGACAUACACGCAGCUGCGCAGCAAGCGCAGUCGCCAACAGCAGCAGCAUAUCUAUGAGAAUCUGCCAGUGUCGGCAACGUCGCAGCAGCUGCGCAAAUACUUUCGCCGCGAGGUGAUCUACGAAAAUCUGUGCCGCGGCUGCGGCUAUGGCGUCUUUGCAGCCCAAGGUCGCUACUGUCACUUCUGCCAGUGCAUUGUCAGCGGCAGCGUCGUCGCAGCGCUGCAACAGCAGACGCAGCCGCAGCCGCAGCCGACGUCGCCAACUAACAGCAGCGAAUGCAAUAUAUAUGAGAACAUUUGCGAGCUCUGCCGCGGCAUCUACAGCGACAGCGAACAAUGUGAGUGUGCAACAAGUGCCACGCCCACAUCAGCUCUAAUUAACGAGACGCCCCAGUUGCCAACGGCACCGCCACCACUGCUGCGUUCGCUGCCGCCACAAGCUGGCAAAUCGCGCACUUUGCUAAACUACUCGAAGUCGAGCGCUGCGACACUUACGCGUCUCUUUGGCUCGCUGAAGCAAUUGAAUCGCUCCGGUUCGUUGCAGCGUCGCCUGUUCCAAAGGGAGGGCGGCGCUGCCAAGGCCGGCGUCGGCAGCGGCGGCUCCCUGGAGAUCAUUCACAAUGUGGACGAAGUUUUUCGGACGCAGGAAACGUUCGAUAUGCAGCGCAUCUGCGAGCUGAAGCGUCAGCUGCAGUGCAGUCGCAGCGAUCAGCAUAUCUACGGCAGGCUGCGGGCCGAACCGCCAGAGCCGGAGCCGCAGCCAGAGGAAGAGAGUGUAACGGACCUGGCACGCAAAAAGCCGCGCAUUUCGCGUAUGCGCCUGCUGCGUCAAGAUGAACAGCAGCCGAGCUGCCAGGCAGCAGCAUCGACGCCAGCAGCAGCGUCAACGUCGGCGCUCUAUUUAAAUGAAAGCAUAUGCCAGUGGAUGAACGCGCUGCGACGCGAGCUGCACAGCUACGAGGAUGCAAACGGCGGCGUCGGCUGCCAACAGCCCAAAGCCGUACCGCCGGCCUACGAGCGAGAGCGGGAACGGGAGCGGGAACGGGAGCAAGAGACAGAUUCGGUCAUGCUGAGACGCAACGAGGCACGCAAGCUGCUGGCCAAGCGCGAGCAGCAGCAGCAGCCGCACUUCCAAUUAGACGAUCAAUUGGAAGCCCAAUUGGCGCCUCAAUGCGAGGCGCUGCUUAGCGAUCGGCGUCGACGUCGCUGCGGCAUCAAUGAGCGCCACGAUGCGGCCUUUGUUUGCGAAUUUCUCAGCGGUUUGGCGGUCAGUGAGCAGGCAACGCCAGCCGAAACGUUUGAAUUAACAGUUACGCCUACGCCGACGCAGGCGGCAGCGGCCACAACAAUAGCAGCGGCAGCGCUGCUCGCAGGGCGUCUAUCGCUGCCUCAGUUAUGGCAGAGCGCUGCGCUUGCGGCCAGUCUGCACCGCAGCGUCAUUUGCUUCUUUGGCUAUGGCAAAUUACUAAGCGCCUUUUUGCAUAGCAGCCAGCGUCGACAGCGACUGCGCAGCCUGGCAGUUGUGCCAGCGACGCCAGCGAGUGACGACGUAGCGGUCGUAUGGCGUGUCGGCAGCGUUAGCGAUACAAUUGAGCAGAGCAAGAGCGAGAGCGAGAUCGUGAACGUGAACGUGAGCGCGUGCGUGCGUGAGAACGAGAGCGAGAGCGAGACGCAAACGCGAUCGGUGUGUGGCAGCAGCAGUAGCAGCAGCAGCGGCGUCGUUGUCGGCAGCGUUAGUAGCAGCGCGCUGAUGGCGGCACCCAAGCAAAGCGGCGACGCUCAGCGCUCCAGCUGCGACGACAGUGAAAACAAUAGCAAUUAUAACAACAACAACAACAAUAACAAGGAGCAUGACAAUGUCAGUCAGCAACAACAACAACUGCAACAAACAAUAACACAGAAUUGUGUGAUUAAAGUGCGACGUCCCGCCCCUCAGGUGCCGGUGCGUAAUCCCAGCACGGCGCUUACGAAGCCACGGAACAAUGAGAAUGAGAAUGGCAACAACUACAACAACAACAAUAACAAUGCGCUGGAAGAGACAGCUGGGCAGAAGAAAGAGGAUGAGCAAGAGCAUGAGCAGGAGUUGACGGUGGAGGAGGAGGAGGGGGAGGAGGAGUCCAUUUAUCAGACCAUAUGGCAAUUUAAAACCCUGGAGCCAGUGCCAGACGGCAAUGAUGAAGACUUUGAGAUCAUCGCAGCGCCCGAUGCGGGCAGCGAUGAUGACGCAGACGCAGACGUCGACGUCGACAUCGAAACGUUAACUCUGCAAGCAGCCGCAGCAUUUGCUGCCGGCGCACGUCACAAGCUGACUAAGCAGGCGACGCCAACAGCGUCGCCGCUGCCGUCGCCAACGGCGUCCAUGGAUCAGGGCGCCUGGGAGACGGACGAUGAGUUCAUGUUUGCCAAGGCGGACGAACAGCAGCAGCGGGAGCAGCGCGCAGAGACGCUUAGCGUGGGCAGCACAGUGACAAAUAGUACGGCAACGCUUGGCUCCAUAAGCAGCGCCGGCAGCAGCAGCAUUGACAGCGGCAGAGAGCCGAAUGUUGCGACGUCGUCGGCAACGCAUACGCUGACGCAUCCGCUGCUGCGCAACAUUUGCAUCUUCUACAGUCUCAAGGAGCCGCAGAAAUAUAGCGCCAUCUUUUACGACUAUCAGCGCUCGCAGAUACACCAGCGAUUCAUGACGCGCAUACGACGACCGGCGCCGCCGCCGCCAAUAGCGUCAGCGUCAGCGUCGGCGUCAGCGUUAACAGCGACUGCGAAGGCGACUGCGUUUGGGCCUGCAGCUGUAACAGUAGCUAUGUCGCCCAGCAACGAUGACAGCGGCUGCAGCUGCGAGGCUGAAAGCGAGGAUCUGUCGGAUCAAAUACCACAUCCAUUGAAAGAAGAUUGGGCUCUGGCCGUUCUCGCAGCGGCAGCGAGCACCAAACGGGGCGUCGCUGCACGCGCCGGCCGCAAGCUGCGCGUACGUUCCAGCGCCCGCCUGCUCGUAUCCACCUCGGUGCUGGCGUGGCGUGAGCAGCUCCAAGAUGUCAACUGUUGUGAGGAUGAGGAAGAUAUGAUUGUGCCAGUGACUGAUAUUCUGCGUGCCCAGCAAAUCCAGGAGGACAACGAGGUGCAGCAGUUCCAGCAGACGACCAUAUUGCAGCGCUUCAAGAGCGCCUCCAUUGGCAAUCUUGUCGAUCUGCCCGGCGAGGAUGACAAGAAGUCCAUCAAGAAUCGCAUGCGCAUGAAAUUUGCAGUCAACAGCAAUGUGUUUCGACUCAAUCGAUCGCCCAAGAGCGAAAAGAAAUCGCGCACACGUCGCAGCCAAGUGAAUAGCCUCUGCUUGGACGAACAGUCCAAGUAUCCGCUGUUUGGGGCCCGUCUGAACGCCCUGGAGCUGAACAUGUCCGACCAUCCGUAUGUGCCGCGUUUCGUUGUCGAUGUUUGCGCCCACAUCGAGCGUGCCGACUGCAUUGAACAGGAUGGCAUCUAUCGCGCGAGCGGCAACAAGCUGCUCGUCGAUGAGCUGAAGCGCAAGUUGACCCACCUCUACGAUCCACGCUGCCUUCAGACUGAUGACAUACACACGCUAACCAGCCUCCAUAAGCAGUUCUUUCGCGAGCUGCCCGCCCCGCUGAUCACACAGGAGGCCUACGAGCGACUGGGACGGUGUCUCACCGACGAUGCCGCCAUCGAGCGGAUGCGUUUGGCCUUCGAUGAGAUGCCCGAACCGAAUCGCUCUACGCUCCGGUUCCUCAUCAAGCAUUUGACCAACGUUGCAGCGUCGAGCAGCUCGAACCGGAUGCCUGCCUCCAACCUGGCCAUUGUCUGGGGACCCUGCUUGCUGGCUGCAAACGAUAUCAAUUUCGAUAUCGGUCGAAUGAAUAUGCUAGCCAAGGUGUUAAUUGAGAACUAUGACCGUAUAUUUCGUCCUGCUAAUGAGCGACUUGUCUGUUAAAUAUAUAUUUAUACAACAAAGCAACAGACAACAAUUCCAUGGAAAACAUCACACAAAUUGUGCGCCGCAUAGGAAAAGCGCUUUCAAUUAAUAUUAAUGCACAUUUUCAAUCAUUUAAUGCAAUAAUUAUGUUCUUUUUUUUGUUUGUGUCUUGCUCCCUUCUUUUUUUCUGUGCUUAUUUUAAUGUUUAUUUAUUGUUAAACAAAAUGUUCGAGACCCGAACAUUUCUUGUAGUCGAAUUCAGCAAACAAGCAAAAUACUUACCAAAAAGACAGUAGACUAAGUUAAUGCUAAUAACUAGACGCAUGUACAUUAUGAUAUAUGCCGUACAGUGAACGCUAGCUACGGCGCACCACACACACACACACACACACACACACACAUAACUCACAUAUUAAGUAUAUAUAUUACUAUACAAAUAUGCGUAGAUAUAUUCUUGAUUUACAUAUUUUUUUUUUAUAUUUUUAACUUGGUUUUGACAAUGUGACCAAAUACUUAGAAGCAUACUCUAGGCAUUAUCUAUGCAUAAUGUUCAUUAGCGAUAUAUCAAAACAAAUACAUAUACAUGCACACAUAUACAUAUAUAUAACUGCAUAUAUAUAUAUAUGUAUAUAUUAUAUCAUAACUGUCAUGUGAUAAGAUUUGCCGCCGUAGUGUCUUUUUUUUUGUUUUUUUUUAUUGUCUCUAAUAUAAUUAGCUUGUACAUUUACUGUAUACAUAUAUAUGCUAAAAUUAAUACAAUUAACUAGCAUUGUGGUUAGUUUUGAGAACAGCAGCAAAAGCCAAAAUAACAAUAACAACAGCAACAACAACCACAAGAGUUGCAUAUGUUUAACAAAUGCAUAUGUUUUAUAUGUUUGCUAUCUC